AUGGCUUCAAUUGACAAGAUUACAUUCAAUUCUUUCACUGCCAAAGCUGACCCUGUUACCCCUUCACAAGUCUACACCAUGGGCGCACCCAGCAAGGAUGUGGGGGGUGGCAGCUACAUCCUGCCCCCCUUAUGCGAGCGGCUGGCUUGGCGAGGCCUAAAACACACUUUAGGCCGACUAAUAAUCGAACUGCUGCGGUUACCUCGUGUGCAGGUGAGAGCACUUUCCUCCAUUUCCUUGCCAAGUUUCCUGUGUCCUGCUAUGUCACCAAUCCUGUACCCUAUGUCCUAUAUUCAGACCUGUGUCCACCUGCGGACAUAUCACACAGAGCUGGACCAUGGGCAAGUGCGGAGAGAGCUUCACCAGGCGCUGGAAAUCUGGUCAAGACACUCCAACCUCACUUUCCGAGAGAUGAACAGCGAUGAUGCGGACAUCAUCAUCAAGUUUCACAGAAGAGAGCAUGGGGAUGGCUAUGCAUUCGAUGGACGAGGGAAUAUCCUAGCCCACGCCUUCUUCCCUGGGGAAGAUAGAGGGGGUGACGUGCAUUUCGACGAUGAUGAGACUUGGCUUCUUGAGUACCAACACAAGGAGGAUGGUCAGUAA